GACGACUUGUGUUGUAGCUUGACAGCUAAAAAAGUGUUGUCAAAAUGUUAGGCACAUAACACACGGUUCGCUCUAAAGAAACACGGUGUUUUUGUCCUCGGGGUUAAAAUGAAGUAAUCUUGCAGCUGUGGGGUUUUUCCAAGUGUUUGAGGUUGUUUAGCUCACGUCAUCAUGUCGUUCCUGGUGGACUCAGUCAUCAUGUUCACCUCUCAGGUGCUGUUUUUUGGGUUUGGUUGGUUGUUCUUUAUGCGGCAGCUGUUCAAAGAUUAUGAGGUGCGACAGUAUGUUGUCCAGGUGGUUUUUUCUGUCACCUUUGCAUUUUCCUGUACAAUGUUCGAGCUUAUUAUUUUUGAGAUUCUUGGGGCCUUAAGCAGCACCUCCAGAUAUUUCCACUGGAAGUUGAAUCUGUAUGUGAUUCUGCUGGUUCUAAUCUUUGUGGUGCCUUUUUAUAUCGGUUACUUUGUUGUCAGCAACAUACGACUAUUGCAGAGGCAAAGACUCCUUUUUGCCUGUAUGGUUUGGUUUACCUUCAUGUAUUUCUUCUGGAAGUUAGGAGAUCCAUUCCCAAUCUUGAGUCCAAAACAUGGGAUUCUGUCCAUCGAGCAACUCAUCAGUCGUGUCGGUGUGAUCGGAGUCACUCUUAUGGCUCUCCUCUCAGGGUUUGGUGCCGUCAACUGUCCAUACACAUAUAUGUCCUAUUUCCUCAGAAAUGUAACAGAUAGUGACAUUCUUGCUCUGGAGAGGCGGCUUCUCCAAACCAUGGAUAUGAUUGUCAGCAAAAAGAAACGAAUCGCCAUGACGAGGAGGCAGAUGUACCAACGAGGGGAGGACCAAAACAAACAGACUGGUUUCUGGGGCAUGAUCAAGAGUGUCACCUCUACACAAACAGGCAGUGAAAAUUUGUCUUUGAUCCAGCAGGAAGUUGAUGCUUUGGAGGAGUUGAGUCGACAACUCUUCCUGGAGACAGUGGAUCUGCAAGCAACCAAGGAGCGAAUUGAGUACUCAAAGACCUUCCAGGGGAAAUACUUCAACUUUCUUGGUUACUUCUUUUCCAUCUAUUGUGUUUGGAAAAUCUUCAUGGCAACGAUAAACAUAGUGUUUGAUCGAGUUGGAAAGACGGAUCCGGUGACGAGGGGUAUCGAAAUAACAGUGAACUACUUGGGCAUCCAGUUUGAUGUGAAAUUUUGGUCCCAGCAUAUUUCUUUCAUCCUGGUUGGAAUAAUAAUUGUCACUUCCAUACGAGGUUUGCUUAUCACACUUACAAAGUUCUUCUACGCAAUAUCAAGCAGCAAAUCUUCCAAUGUCAUCGUGCUUGUCCUCGCUCAGAUCAUGGGGAUGUAUUUUGUUUCAUCUGUGCUGCUGAUGCGCAUGAGCAUGCCACUGGAGUACCGCUCCAUCGUGACAGAGGUUCUGGGAGAGCUCCAGUUCAACUUCUACCACCGCUGGUUUGACGUCAUCUUCUUGGUCAGCGCUCUGUCCAGCAUCCUUUUCCUUUACCUCGCCCACAAGCAGGCACCAGAAAAACACAUGGCCCUCUGAACACCUGUGGUGUGUUUCGCCUUGACUGAUGCGUGGGCUGAAUUUUACUCUGCAGUUCUGAGAAGUACAGAAAUCAUUUUUGAGGCAUUUACUCCUGAAUCAGGGAAAAAACAAACAAACAAAAAAAACCCUUUCUUAGGGUGACUAUUGGAGCAUGUGCUGAAGGAACUUUGCAACUGGACUCUCAUGAAAACAGUAUUUACAGAAAAUCAUUCGAAUGAAACAAAUAGGUUUUUUUUUGUUGGUGUUAAUUUUGGUUAAUUCUUUUUAUCUUUAUGUUUUAACACACUGGUUGAAACAACACACAUUUCUUGUUUCACUGCAGGUUUUCCCACUGUGAUUUUUUGUUUGUUUUAAUGUUCAGAUUUAUUCAAUUUUGGAAGAAAGCAGGCACUCAAAGCCAGCCUUAACUCAGAUGGAAUGUGUUGAUUUUUUUUUAUUUUAUGUAAGAAAUUUGAACCUUUAUGUCAAAACAUUAAAUAAAGGAAAGAAAAUACA